CCCAUAUUCUCACCAAACUGAAAAUGAAAACAUAUACACAAGGCAACAAAGCAGGGAAACACCUGGCCAACUUACUCAGGCAAAAACAGGCCAACUACAAAAUGCCACAUCUGAUCACAAACACAGGUGGGAAACUCCACAACCCACAAGACAUCAACGAUGGCAUGGCAGACUACUACCACUCCCACUACAACCUAAAGACAGACCCCACACUACAUCAACCCACCCCACAAGAAAUAGACGACUUCCUCCAAACUACCACACUACCCAUACUGACGACCGCACCGAAAGACAUCAUACAAAACCCCAUCACCAC